AUGAAAGGGAGGGAGAAACAGGGGGAGUCCGAGACUGCUGGUGGUAGUCUCCUUUUGAGUAGCCUUCAGAGUAGCCUUCAGAGUAGCCUUCAGAGUAGCCUUCAGAGUAGCCUUCAGAGUAGCCUUCAGAGUGGAACUCAGAGUGGAACUCAGGAAGAGUUGGGUAAGGAUUACGUUUCUUCCAGAGGACCUCUUACGAGAGCCCUCUCGAUACCAAGCCAUGUCGGAAGGAGGUCGUCUAAGGGGAGUUUGGACGGAUCUUCUACUAGCAUCGGUGAUUCUGUUGGCUGUACUUACUUGCCCCAUUUCCACAAACCCAAAAGCAGCAUCGUAAAAAAGAACUGUACCGAGGACAUUGCCAAGUUGUAUCCCCCCAAACGAAUUUACGGACGUUCCAAAGAGCUGAAACAAAUCCACGAUGUUUUUGUUCAAGACAGCUUGGGGAGGAAUCGCGUCGUUCUGGUGAGUGGAACGUCAGGUAUCGGAAAGACAGCUCUGGUGGACCAGGCUCUCAAGGACAAUUGUCAUGCCAAGGACGGCCUUGGCGGCGUCUGUAUCCGAGGCAAAUUUGACUUUUCCCAGCGACAGGUUCCCUACUCUGGAAUCACGCAAGCUCUCCGAGAGCUUUGUGAACAUUGUCAACACGACGUUACGGUCCAACAAAAGAAAGAGCUACAGCAGGCUCUGGGGGCCUCGUCCAUCCAAGCCUUGCAACAGCUCUUACCCGCUCUUGCCAAUCUGAUGCCUCUGAGUCUACAGGAAGGCAAUAUGGAUGACCAUUGGCAGCAGGAGGAGGAUGUCCCCGCAGCCACGACAACAGUGGCUCAUUUGGGAGAAGCUUCGCAGCGAUUUCGCUUCGCCGUUCAAACUUUUCUCUGGACGGUCGCCAGGUGGAUCACCAAAUCACAGCAACGACCAAUGAUCAUGUUUCUGGAUGAUUUACAUUUUUCAGAUGCAGAGUCUUUUCGGUUACUGGAAACCCUCAUGGAGGUACCAAAGAACCAAGGCAAAAGCAAUGAUGUUCAGGGAGCGAGUUUGAUCGUUGUUGGAUGCUACCGUGAUGACGAGAAAACUUCCAUGUUGACCGAAUGGCUGCAGGGUUUACGGGACGAUGAGGAUGCGAUAUCCGUAACGAAAAUUUCGUUACAAAACUUGACUCCUCAAGCUACCAAGGAAAUGCUCGCCGACGUCCUUCGUAUAGACGACGACAACGGCGACGAUGGUCAUUCGGAUCAUUGUUCUUUGGCAGAACUGGCCUCCAUUGUCCACACAAAGACGCUGGGGAACCCCUUUUUUAUCAUGGAGUUCCUCAAGUCUUUGCAACAAAACGGGUCCUUGGCAUUUAACCUCUUGAAAAUGAGCUGGACUUGGAGAUGUAGCAGCGACGAACUACGCGAAAAGGCUCAAGCUACAGACAAUGUCAUUGAUCACAUGAAAUGGAAAAUGUCCACUCUGCCCGACGAACUCUCGGAAUUUCUACCACUGGCCGCUUGCCUCGGGGCAACCUUUUCCUUCCACAAGCUCGCGGUUGUCAUUUCCGCCUUUUCCACAAAACAAGACGUUAGUGCGGACUCUUGGUUGGCCGCUUGCGUGGACUGGGGGUUCCUCUCGCCCUUGCGCGAUGACUUGUAUAGCUGGGUUCACGACAAGGUGCAAGAAGCAGCGUUUUCCUUGAUCCCACCUGGAGAAUUGGAAAGUGUUCAGUUUCACGUUGGAGAAGUACUACUGGGGAGUCUCUCGCCGAUUGAGGUGCGGCAAAACAUUUUGGUGGUAGCCAAUCUUCUCGUCAAAGGAUUGGCGAAACUUUCCAACAUGGGAGAGCAGAAACGCCUCGAGAUUGCCAAAAUAUGCCUAGAAGCUGGUCAUACCGUGAUGGCGUCUGCAGCGUUUUCGCAAGCUGUGGUGUACCUGGAAGCUGGAAUUCAGUUUCUUCCAGACCACCACUGGGAAAGUGACCGCGCACUGAGUUUAGAGCUCUAUACGUCAGCUGCGGAGUCGGAGACCUGCGCCGGUGAUGUCGACGGCGGGCAUAUAUUACAAUACUGCAACGAGGUGGUCCAUCAAACAGGACUAUCGAUAACGGAAAAGUUUCGCGCUUACGACAUUUUGGUGAAGUUCAUGUGGGGUACCAAGAAAGAUUACCAACGAGCAUUGGACAUCGCUGUGCAUGUUCUUUCCGAGCUUGGGUGCAUACUUCCAAAACGACAACAGAUGUUUCAUGUCUUGUGGGGAGUUAUCAAGAUGAAACGGGCCAUCAAGAAGGUUGGCCCCGCCUCAAUCCAGGCGUACAAGGAAAUGGAAGACUGUUCCCAACUUCAAUCCAUGAUCAUGCUUCAAAGGCUCGUGGCCCCAGCGUACCAGCUGAGGUCGCCAUACCUUCCUCUAGCGAUUCUCAAGAGCUUCAACAGGAGUAUCAAGUAUGGGAUAUCAGAGUACAGUCCAAGCGCCUUUGCACUCGUGGCUUUGAUUCUAAUGGCACAGCUGAAGGAUUUUGAGAUGUCUCGUACAUACGCAACUUAUGCAUUGAGCCUGAUGGAAUCCAAAUCAGAAUAUGAAGUGGCAAAGGCUCACACGCUUUUCGUGUCAUAUGGGUUUGUGCUCCACGCCUCGACACCGUAUCAGACCUGCGCCAAAAAGCUUAUAGAAGCCUACAAGAGUGGUUUGGCAACAGGAGAUGUUGAAAAUGCAAGUUGGGCUGCCUAUGUUUACUGCGACGUAGCCUUUCACACAGGCAAGAAUUUGCUCGCUCUGAAUGAUGACUUGGGUGUCUACACGAAACAGCUUAGCUCGUUUUCAAACAAACAGGCUGUGAUGCAAGCAAUGCAUCUUUGGCAGGUGGUUCAGAACCUUCUGGGUCACUCAGAUGAUCCACUUGUCUUGAAAGGACGGGCGUACGUGUUUGAUGCGUCUGAGCUCAAAGAGCUGGCGAUGCCCGUGGUCUUCUCCAUUUACAGAAGUCUCGUCCACCUGGCAUACUUCAUGUGUGAUGAUGUCAAUGGGGCAAAUCGAUUGUUGGAACUCUACAAGAUUGUCAAAGAAGAGGACAUGGACCCGGGCACUUUACUGAGCGAUUGCUAUCAAGCGCACGCGGCUGUUUUGUGCUAUAGCGCCGCGCGAAAAACCAGAACGUCCAAGUACAUUUCAAUAGGUAAAAAGUGCCUCCAGCACAUUCGAACCAUUGCGAAGAAGGGAAAUCCCAACCUUACUUUCAUGGAAACGCUGUUGAAUGCGGAGCUUGCGGCUUUUGGAGGGCGGACGAGUGUAGCAAGUGAUUACUAUGCAGCUGCCAUUGCUGUCGCCGCAAGAAUGGGCAUUGUGAGCCAGCAAGCGAUCAUCAAUGAACGGUUUGGGGACUUUUUACUCGAUUGCAUGGAAGAUUACAACGAGGCUCGUUAUAGGUUUGAUUGUGCAAUUGAGUUGUAUCGGGAAUGGGGAGCAGAAGUAAAGGUCCAACAGCUGCAAGCUAGAGUAGCGUCCAUGACGAAGGGAGACUGA